AUGGCCAGCAAGCUUCACAGCGCACCGCCCUUCCGGGCCGAGCAUAUGGGCUCAUUGCUGCGUCCCGAUGACCUCCUAGAGGUUCGUGAAAAGAUCCGGGACACUGGUAUUUCCGAGGAAGAGGCAGGCCUGUUAGCCGUUGAGACCAAGGCUGUCAAGGAUGUGGUUCAACUGCAGCGCGAUCUGGGCCUGAAGGCCGUCUCCUCAGGCGAGUACAACCGUACUCGUUUCUGGGGUCUCAUGUGGGAUGAGUUCGAGGGAUCCAUCCGUCUGCAGGAUGCCGACGCUUCCAUGUUCAGACUCUACCACCCCGACGUCGUUAGUCUGAUUGAAAAGGACCGCAAGGUCAUGCCCGGUGACUCCGUCAUCGCCGGCUCAAAGCUCUCUUGGAGCCCCAAGCACUCGCUCUCAAACCUGCACGAGCUCAAGCUCGUCCAACAGUCCCUGCCUGAGAGCGAAUGGAGCAACAUCAAGUUGACCAUGAUCACCCCGGCGUGGUUCCACAUGCGCUACAAGGAAGGCAAGGCCUAUACCCCUGAGGCCUACGCCAACGACGCAGAGUAUUUCAAGGGCGUGGCAGAGGUUUACCAGGCCGAGCUGGACGCACUGUACAAGGCUGGUCUGCGAAAUGUCCAAUUCGACGACCCCGGAAUGGCAUACUUCUGCUCCAAGGACUUCCGUCAGGGCUGGGCUGAUGACAAGGACAAUACCGGAACUGUCGAUGAUCUGUUCGAUGCCUAUGUCCAGCUGUACAAUGAAAGUAUUUCCAAGAUCCCUGCCGAUAUGCACACGGGUAUUCACCUGUGCCGCGGCAACUUCAUCGGCGGCCGCCAUUUCUCCGAGGGAUCCUACGAUAUCAUCGCGAAGAAGCUGUUUGAGAACCUUAACGUCAACACCUUCUACCUCGAGUACGACACCGAGCGGGCUGGUGGCUUCGAGCCUCUCCAGUUUCUCCCCAAGAACAAGAACGUCGUCGUCGGCGUGAUCAGCACCAAGCUCCGCGAGUUGGAGGACAAGGAGGCAAUGAAGGAGCGCAUCUACAAGGCUGCUGACUUUGUUGCUUCGGGUAGUGGCGAGACGCGCGAAGAGGCCCUGAAGCGUGUUUGUGUUAGCCCCCAGUGUGGUUUCAGUACCCACGAGAGCGGAUAUCCUCUCAGCCUAGACGAUGAGAAGAAGAAGUUGGCUCUGGUGCGACAAAUCGCCGACGAGAUCUGGGGAGAGGCAUGA